AUGGAGCCGCAGCAGGAUUCGCCCGUGUACGCCAACUACGAGGACAUGCGUCACUCCGGUCCGGCCAGCUCCACCGCCUACAUGAUCAACAUGGGACCCGGUGGAGCGGCUCCGGAGCAGCCAGCUCGGGUUCCCGGACCCACUCAGCAGUAUCGGGGAUUUAAGACAUCGGAGAACGAGCCGAGGGGUUUUGUGGAGUGGGUGGUCACCUUGUUCUCCGUGCUGAUCUUCAUCAUCACCUCGCCGAUCGCCAUCUUCAUUUGCUUCAAGGUGGUUGCGGAAUAUGAGAGGGCCAUCAUCUUCCGGCUGGGAAGGCUGAGUGGAGGAGCUCGUGGUCCCGGCAUGUUCUUCAUCCUGCCGUGCAUCGAUGAGUACCGCAAGGUGGACCUGCGCACCGUCACCUUCAAUGUGCCGCAGCAGGAGAUGCUCACCAAGGACUCGGUGACGGUCACCGUGGAUGCCGUGGUCUACUAUCGCAUCAGUGAUCCCCUCUACGCAGUCAUCCAAGUGGAGGACUACAGCAUGUCCACCCGCCUCCUGGCGGCCACCACGCUGCGUAACAUCGUCGGCACAAGGAACCUCUCCGAGUUGCUCACCGAACGCGAGAUCCUCGCCCACACCAUGCAGGCCACCUUGGACGAGGCCACCGAGCCCUGGGGAGUCAUGGUGGAGCGAGUGGAGAUCAAGGACGUCUCGCUACCCGUUUCCAUGCAGCGAGCGAUGGCCGCCGAGGCGGAGGCCGCCCGCGAUGCCCGUGCCAAGGUGAUUGCCGCCGAGGGUGAAAAGAAGUCAGCCGCCGCCCUCAAAGAGGCCUCCGAUGUCAUCUCCUCCAGCCCCUCCGCCCUGCAGCUUCGCUACUUGCAAACCUUGAGCAGCAUCUCGGCGGAGAAGAACUCCACGAUCGUCUUCCCGCUGCCAAUGGAGCUGCUGACUCCUUACCUGGCCAAAUAUGCCCAAAUGAUGCCACAGCCACCACAGCUACCGCAAUCGCCGGAGAAGUCGGACUCGCUGCUGGAUGCGCAGGCCGCUUGGCCCAAAACCAACCUAUGAUGUAUUCCACUAACGUAUUGCCCAGCGAUCGUAGACAUAAAGUAUUUCUGCUUCUUUUUUUUUUAAUAAAAAACCAUAUACUAAGUAAAAUAGUAUUGGAAAUGAAUCACCUAGUUGAUUUUUAAAUUAAA